AUGGCCACGGCCUUACAAACUCUGCGUAUGACAGCGCGAUGCUGCUCAUGCAGAAACAUUACCUCCAGAUACACCAAUAAGUCAAUCGCCCAACGGAGGUUAUUUUCAAUCACAUCAAGACAAUAUAAAAUCGAUCCGAAAUUUAAGGAACUCCAGGAAACCGAACCAGACGAGGAUGAAUUCAUGGAAGAGAUUGACGAAUUGUUCGAGAAUGCGGGUGCUCGACAUGCAAAUAAUCUACCAUCAUAUGGAUUUGACGAGGGUGUGAAGAAGAAGUUGAAGCCUACCUUUCUAAAUAUGGGAGAUCCAGAACCGUUUGAUGAGGACGACAGAGAGGAUGACCACGAUGAUAUCACGACUUUGGCGCAUAUGGAAUUGGAACAGGUUCGAGAAAUUAGACAUUAUAAUAGGUUGGCAGCUUGGGAAAUGCCAAUGUUGAGCAAAUUGGCAAAACCAUUCGUACCGCCUUCAGCUGAAACUCCUUUACGAUUCAGAUAUACUUCAUACAUGGGCGAACAACAUCCAGCAGAGAAGAAAGUUGUUAUGGAAUUUUGUCCCGCAGAUAUGCCAGGACUAACAGAAGUCCAAACGGAUAAACUCAGAAAAUUGGUUGGGCCAAGACUCAACCCAGAAACGGAUAUUGUUAAAAUGAGUUGUGAAAUGUACCCAUCACAGGCCCAAAACAAGAGAUAUCUUGGUGAUAUGGUUGAUUCAUUAUUGGCAGAAGCAAAGACUGGCGAUACUUUCGAAGAUAUCCCGUUAGAUACACGCCAUCACGUUUUCAAAGUGAAGCCGAGAUUCCCUGUAGAAUGGAGAUUAACAAAAGAGAGGAAGCAAGAACUUGCAGACUAUCGCCAGAAGAUGGUGGAGACAGACUUGAAUCGAGAACACAUUGGUCAACUUGUGGAUGGAGUUGAAACAAUUCGACACCGAUUGGCUAAUCCAAUAGCUAAGGAACCGGUUCCUGAAACAGUUGCAGCUGGCGGAAGGAUAAUUGGGAACAAGAAGGUUGGUGUCAAGAGGAUAGUAUAA